CUCACAAAAUACCCAGCUAUAAAUCAGUCAAUAAUACAUAUUUUUUCAAAGCAAAUUCAGGCACGCAACGUUUUCAAUAUAAAAUUUUGCAAAAUAUAAGAUGUAAACUAAAAUUCGUAUAAGAUCUCUAAUCGAAAAAAUCCAAAAAAUUACCAUUUCCAUUUCCGCAGUCGCAUUUCCUCAUACCUGGAUUUGCACCGCUUGUUAGAUGUAAGCAAAAGGAAUUCACCCAAGGCACGGUUGGUGAAUUGGUACAACAGAUUUUCUCAUCCAAUAAUUUACUAUGCGCAGUUGAUUUACGGCAUGGUAAGCUUUUAACUGCAGUGGGUAUUUUUCGUCGUCGGAUGCCACCGCGUGAGGUCGAUUAGCUAAUGACAAAUGUACGCAACAAGAACCUAAGCAUUUUCGUGGAAUUGAUUCCCAUCAAUAUUAAGACAGCUAUUUGCGACAUACCACCACACGGACUUAAAAUGUCAGCGAUUUAUAAGCUCUUGCAGCGAAUUUUAGAUGGCAGCGGUAUUAUGUUGAGGCGUAAAGCACAUUUGCACUGGCACACAGGCAAAGGCAUGGAAGGUCAAGAGUCCAUAGAUGCCCAACGGGAUUUACAAGAUUUGCUCGAUUUAUAUAAGCAGAGUGGUGAGGAUACCGCGAACGAAGAAGUUGCAGCUGAAGGUCAUUCCUGCGCGCCAUGUAAUCAAACGGCCGACAA